AUGUCAACACAAACAUCACCCCAAUCAAUGAUUGUGCUUCAGUAUGAUCAAUUACCACACUAUAGAGUCGCAAAUUUAAAGAGUAGUACACAUAGUAUUCAAGUGGAUGGCGAUACAGACGAGCCAUUCUUGUCUACACGUUCGAUUUCGACAUAUCCCUUGCUGCCUGGCGGCGAGAAGGAUGGAGAUCCAAUAGCAGACAAGCUAUUUGUACAAGUACACAGAAACCGAGCGAUCCUAGCUGUCGCCGAUGGCUGCAACUGGGGAAAGCGACCGGCUCUCGCAGCGAGCCAUGCAAUCGCUGCAUUUGCAAACUAUUUCAAUCAGAGACAAUCAGAGAUCCUCACACUCCAGGAUGCCGGACACUUUCUUCUGCGAGCGUUCUGCGAGGCACACAACAAGAUCGUAGAGGGCAAAAACGAUAUAUGGGAGGCUGGAACCACUACACUGCUGGGCGGUCUCGUGCUCGAGCUCGAAGACGACUCGGGCGUGCCAAAGUGGGGAUUCCUGUGUGCGAGCGUCGGCGACUGCAAGGCGUUCCUCGUCUCGCUGAAGCGUAGAGAAGCAACCGAUGUCACCAACGGCAACAGAUGUAAUUUAAAUGACACACGUGAUCCUGGCGGACGUCUAGGACCAUACGUCGGACAGGGCUAUCCCGACCUCCGAAAUCUCAAAUUUUCCCAAAACAAAAAACAACCAAACGACUACAGAGAAUAUCCAGGUAAAAUGGAUCAUACUACAUGUGUAACUUUCCAAAUCGGUCGUUCCAAAUAA